UAUUCUUUCCCAUUUACUUCUUCCAAGAAGUUAAAAAAAGCAUAUUCGUAUACAUUGAGCCAAAAACAAGCAUUCCCUUUCCCUCCUCUCUCUCUAUCGCUCAAUAUCUUCUGAUCCUCUUCAUCUCUUUCUCUCUCAUCCCUAACUCAUUAACUUCAACUUCGAUUUAACUGUAAAAUCUGAUGAAAAACAGAUCAUAAGAACCCUAAUUUCAAAUUUUGUGGGUUUUUUUUGGACCCAAAAAUUUCCUAAUUUUUAGCUCGUUUAUGAAGCCUCCUUGGUUGCAUCCGUUUUUUUUGGACUGCAGCUAUCGAAUUUGGCAAUAGUAUUUUAGAGAAUAGUUGGAAAUUAUGGAUAUUGCAGAGCUGGAAGAAAACCUAUUUGCAAUAAGUGAUGCUAAGUUACAUGGAGGAUUGUGCAAGAUUUUAUCCAAUAUAUUCUGUAAAGUGUUGAAUAUCUUUCCUGCUCUAGAAGCAGCACGCCCACGUAGUAGGUCAGGAAUCCAGGCAUUGUGUUCUCUGCAUGUGGCACUUGAGAAGGCCAGAAAUCUUUUACAACAUUGCUCAGAGUGUAGCAAACUGUACCUGGCCAUCACUGGAGAUUCUGUUGUUUUGAAGUUUGAAAGGACGAAAUGUGCACUUGUAGAUGGUCUUAGACGCGUUGAAGAUAUCGUUCCUCAAUCUAUUGGUUGUCAGGUUCAAGAGAUCGUUAGUGAGCUAGAGGAGACUGUAUUUUCCCUUGAUCCAUCCGAGAAACAAGUUGGUGAUGACCUAAUUGGUUUGCUGCAGAAGGGAAGAAAAUUCGAUGAUAGUUCCAGUGACAGUAGUGAACUUGAGUCUUUCCACCGAGCUGCAUCUAAACUUGGGAUAACUUCUUCACGGGCUGCUCUUGCUGAAAGAAGGUGUCUCAAGAAACUCAUUGAGAAAGCCCGAAUAGAGGAAGACAAAAGAAAAGAAUCAAUUGUGGCUUACCUCUUACAUCUUAUGCGAAAGUACUCAAAGUUGUUCAGAAGUGACUUGGGUGAUGAUCAGGAUUCACAAGGUUCUGGACCGUGUUCACCCACUGUUAACGGAUCUUCUGAAGAUGGUGUUGCUGCUUGCAGUGGGAGGGCAUUUGACCGUCAACUAUCUAAAAUCAGUUCCUUUAACUUUAGGCCAUCUUUCUCAUUUAGGGCUAAUAGGAGAUCCGAUCACAUACCCAUUCCACCAGAAGAACUUAGAUGUCCAAUCUCAUUGCAACUUAUGUAUGACCCAGUCAUCAUUGCAUCUGGACAGACAUAUGAAAGGAUUUGCAUCGAGAAGUGGUUCAAUGAUGGGCAUAACACUUGCCCAAAGACCCAGCAACAGCUCUCUCAUCGAUGCUUGACUCCUAAUUAUUGUGUGAAGGGACUUAUUGCUAGCUGGUGUGAGCAGAAUGGCAUUCUUAUCCCUGGUGGGCCACCGGAUUCUCUCGAUCUCAACUACUGGAGGCUUGCAUUGUCUGAUAGCGAGUCGGCACAGUCUAGGUCUGCGGAUAGCAGCAACUCAGGAAACUUGAAGGGAGUGAAAGUGGUCCCACUCGAAACUGCCGUCAUUGAAGAGAUUGAAGAUGAAAGCUGUUCUGGUGAGCCAGAAGAAAAUGAUGACAAUGUUUUUGGUAAAUAUGAAAACUUUUUGACUGUUCUACGUGGAGAGGAAGACUUGAAAACCAAGCUGAAAGUCAUUGAGCAGAUAAGACGGUUGUUAAAAGAUGAUGAAGAAGCAAGAAUGUUUAUGGGUUCUCAUGGGUUUGUUGAAGUGCUUGUAGGCUUUCUUAAGUCUGCACUUGGUGAAAGAAAUGAUUUGGCCUUAGAAGUGGGAGCAAUGGCACUCUUCAACCUUGCUGUUAACAAUAACAGAAACAAGGAAUUAAUGUUAGCAGCUGGGGUCGUCCCUCUGCUAGAGAAGAUGAUUACUGAUCCGGUUUCCCAGGGAUUAGCAGCUGCUCUCUAUCUAAAUCUUUCAUGCCUUGAUGAAGCAAAGCCCGUGAUAGGUUCCAGCAGGGCAGUUUCCUUUCUAAUCAAGCUUCUUGUUGGCAAAAGUGAUCCACAGUGGAAGCUUGACGCCCUUCAUGCUCUAUUUAACAUCUCCACAUGCCCAUCUAAUAUUCCUAAUCUCCUCCAGUCUGGUAUAAUCAAUGGUCUAUUGCUUCUUUUGAUCGAGCCCCGAGAUCAGACAUGGACCGAGAAGUCAAUCGCAGUUCUCAUAAACUUGGCAUCAAAUAACACGGCUAAAGAUGCGAUUACAUCAGCACCAGGUUUUGUGGGUGCACUUGCAUCAAUAAUGGACACUGGUGAACCUAUUGAGCAAGAACAAGCUGUGUCGUGCCUGUUGAUUCUUUGCAAUGGGAACGAAAAAUGCUGUCAAAUGGUUUUGCAAGAAGGGGUUAUUCCAACUCUAGUAUCAAUCCAAGUAAACGGGACAACUCGAGGAAGAGAGAAGGCUCAGAAACUUCUGAUGCUAUUCCGGGAGCAGAGGCAACGGGAAUCAUCUCCUCAAAGGGUGCAUCGGUCUCCUUCCGUGAGGGAAUUCACAGGUCAAGUUCAUCCCCCGGAGAUGAAACCGUUAAGUAAAUCAAUUAGUGAGAAGGUAUUGCCACUGCUUGAUCCAACACCUAUCGCGAAAGCGGUUUCAAGAAAGAAACUGGGCAGGACAUUUAGUUUCUUUGGUAAAAGAAAGAACUUCUAAUGAUGUAAAUUUAUCUUGUAUCUUCUUAUAAAAUCUUCCUUUGCCCUAUUCUUAUGGGGCAAUUCCCAGUUUUGGUUCUUCUAUAGAGGAAGAGAUGUACAUAUCCCUACCAAUGUAAUUUAUUUCCUUUUUGUUCGGCCUUUCUUUGGUCUUCCGGGCAGAAAUAUAUGUAAUAGUACUAUGGUAGAUUUUCACUCCAGAAAAAAUUCAUAUCCUAGUAAUAAAUAGUAUUACUCUAUUAA